ACAUGACUCUUCCUGUUUCACAUGUUCCAGGUUUCCAAUGCCAGCGGCGGCAUGACCGUUACUCUGGUGGCGGCGGAGAACCCGUUCGCUCAGAGCGCCCUGGAGUCCGGCGACUGCUUCAUCCUGGACCACGGCUCCGACGGCAAGAUCUUCGUCUGGAAAGGCAAAGACGCCAACAUGGAUGAACGAAAGGCGGCGCUGAAGGCAGCCGACGAGUUCAUCAAGAAGAUGGGCUACCCCAAACACACGGAGGUCCAGAUCCUGCCGGAGUCGGGCGAGACGCCGCUCUUCAAGCAGUUCUUCAAGAACUGGCGCGACAAAGACCAGACGGAGGGUCUGGGCGUCGCCUACAUCGCCAACAGCAUCGCCAAGAUCGAGAAGGUGGAGUUCGACGCCGCCAGCCUGCACGAGUCGUCGGCCAUGGCGGCGCAGCACGGCAUGGUGGACGACGGCAGCGGAGAGAAGMAGGUGAGACGGGAUUGGUCAACACAGCAGCUCUCAGUUAGCUACGGAGCAUAUGGACAGUUCUUCGGAGGAGACAGCUACAUCAUCCUGUACAACUACCGCCAUGGAGGACGGCAGGGACACAUCAUCUACAUGUGGCAGGGGUCGGACUCCAGUCAGGAUGAAAUCGGCGCCUGUGCGAUCCUCGGCUCCCAGCUGGACGACGAGCUCGGCGGCGGUCCUGUCCAGGUGAGGGUGGUCCAGGGCAAGGAGCCGGCCCACCUCAUGAGCCUGUUCGGYGGCCAGCCCAUGGUGGUCUWCAGGGGCGGGACGUCCAGGGACGGRGGCCAGUCGGCUCCAGCAGAGACCCGGCUCUUCCAGGUGCGCUCCAACUCUGCGGGGCACACCAGAGCCGUGGAGCUCGACGCCGUGGCCUCCAACCUGAACUCCAAUGACGCUUUCGUUCUUGUGAGCCCCGACGGCGCCUCCCUGUGGGUGGGAGUGGGCGCCAGCGACACSGAGAAGCAGGGAGCUCAGCAGCUGUGCGGCAUCCUGGGAGUGUCGGCGUCCGACGAGCUUUCAGAGGGAGGAGAAACUGAUCAGUUCUGGGCCGCGCUGGGCGGGAAGGYGGAGUACCGCACCUCCACCAGACUCAAGGACAAGAUGGACGCUCACCCGCCGCGACUCUUCGCCUGCUCCAAUAAAACCGGGAACUUCAUCAUCGAGGAGGUUCCCGGGGAGAUGACCCAGGAUGACCUCGCCACUGAUGACGUCAUGAUCCUCGACACCUGGGAGCAGCUGUUUGUUUGGAUCGGGAAUGAAGCUCAGGAGGAAGAAAAAACUGAAGCCAUGGCGUCUGCGCUGCGCUACAUCGAGACCGACCCGGCCAACAGAGACGCCCGGACCCCCAUCGUCAAGAUCAAGCAGGGCUUCGAGCCGCCCACGUUCACCGGCUGGUUCCUGGGCUGGGACCACGACUACUGGACCAGCGACCCGCUGGAGCGGGCCAUGGCAGAACUGGCUCUGUGAGCGAAUCACCACCAUCGUCACUCUUCCUCUUCAAGCAUCAUGCAACGAACGCCAGGAAUGGCUUUGUUUCUUAGCUUCCAGCUCACUUUAGUUUUUUAGCUAGUUUUUCUGCCAUUAGUGCCACAUCAGUGCCUUCGUUUGUAUUAGAACAAGCAGGAGACAUUUUGUUUUGCACUUUUAUCGAAGACUGUCCUAAUUUUAUAUUGAAUCCGCAGCUCAGAAGGAAAACAAGCGAUGCCUUAAUCUCAUUUAGUUUAUCGUUUUAAAGGUACAGGACCCGUUAGCUGAUUUCUUUCAUUUCUGUAUUUAUUUUUUAAUUAUCGCCAGAAAGCAGACUAAUUUAAAAAGUAAUGCAGCUGCUUUUAUUUCAAAUAAACCAAAUUCAACACAUUUCUGUCGUCUUUCAUUCACAAACCAGCUCACAAACAUGUCUGUGGGUCGAGUCUUUAUUUAAAGUCCUCAUAAAUAUUCAAUAUUGAAUUUAAAAAUCACAGAAAACAAGCUGRUAAAAAAAUUAGAUGCAUAAACUUUGAACACAGCCUGAGCUCUGGUGUGUAAGGAGUUUUUAACAAAAGCUUUAAAUUUAUGUUUUUCAAAAGUAAAACAUGUAAAAAUUACAACAACAUAUUAUGGAAAUUGUAGAUAACAAUUCUUAGAUUAACCUCAAAAAUGUUUGAGAAAAAAAAAAAACAGUAGAAAUUUCCGAGUUUCAAAACUAAAAAACKAUCAACUUUUGAAACUCGGGUCAUUUCUGAAAGUCAAAAAUCUGGCAAAUUUCCUGUAAAAAUGAUUUCUGAAUCUUUUAUUCAGAAAUUUCCUUGUUUUGUCUCAAAUAUUUUCAGGAUUUUUGGCAGAAAUUUUCUCAAAUUUAAAAAAUUCAAUUUUUUGUUGUUGUAAAUUUGCUCUGACCACAGAGCCGUGGGGUGCAGUUGGAGGUUUUUCUUCCUCCUKUGAUAAAGAUGUGAUUCCGCUCUUUCUACAGAAAACUACUAAACUGCUGCAGCAGCACAAA